CCCUGGCCGACCGGCAUGCUGACCUUCUUCCUCGUGUCCGGAGGCUCCCUCUGGCUGUUUGCGGAGCUUAUCCUCUCACUUCUGGAGAAGAUGCAGACCCAGGAGAUCCUGAAGAUAUUGCGGCUGCCCGAGCUGGAUGACUUGGGCCAGUUCUUCCGCAGCCUCUCAGCCACCACCCUCGUGAGUAUGGGUGCGCUGGCUGCCGUCCUCGCCUACUGGCUCGCUCACCGUCCAAAGGCCUUGCAACCACCAUGCGACCUCCAGAUGCAAUCAGAGGAGGUAGAGGACAGUGGUGGAGCCCGGCGAUCUGUGAUCUGGGGUAGCUCUCAGUUGCUUACCCACUACUAUGAUGACGCCAGGACCAUGUACCAAGUGUUCCACCGUGGGCUUAGCAUCUCAGGGAAUGGGCCCUGCCUUGGCUUCAGGAAGCCCAAGCAGCCUUACCAGUGGCUGUCCUACCAGGAGGUGGCCAACAGGGCCGAAUUUCUGGGUUCUGGACUUCUCCAGCACAACUGUAAAGCACAAACAGAUCAGUUUAUUGGUGUUUUUGCACAAAAUCGGCCAGAGUGGAUCAUUGCAGAGCUUGCCUGCUACACGUAUUCCAUGGUGGUGGUCCCACUCUAUGACACCCUGGGCCCUGGGGCUAUCCGCUAUAUCAUCAAUACUGCGGGCAUUUGCACCGUGAUUGUGGAUAAGCCACAGAAGGCAGUGCUUCUGCUAGAGCAUGUGGAGAGGAAGGAGACCCCAGGGCUCAACCUGAUCAUCCUCAUGGAGCCAUUCGAUGAAGCCCUGAGAGAGAGGGGGCAGAAGAGUGGGGUGGUCAUCAAGUCCAUGCAGUCUAUGGAGGAUUGUGGCCAAGAGAAUCGCCAAGCUCCUGUGCCCCCGCAGCCUGAUGACCUCUCCAUUGUGUGUUUCACUAGUGGCACAACAGGGAACCCCAAAGGUGUGAUGCUUACCCAUGGGAACGUGGUUGCUGAUUUCUCCGGCUUUCUGAAAGUGACAGAGAAAGUGAUCUUUCCGAGACAGGACGAUGUGCUCAUCUCCUUCCUGCCUCUGGCUCACAUGUUUGAGAGAGUGAUUCAGUCUGUUGUCUACUGCCACGGGGGACGUGUUGGCUUCUUCCAGGGGGACAUCCGCCUCCUCUCGGAUGACAUGAAGGCUCUGCAACCCACCAUUUUCCCUGUGGUCCCGCGACUGCUGAACCGAAUGUAUGACAAGAUCUUCUCUCAGGCGGACACUCCAUUAAAACGUUGGCUCCUGGAGUUUGCAGCCAAGCGCAAGCAGGCUGAGGUCCGGAGUGGAAUCAUCAGGAAUAAUAGUAUCUGGGAUGAACUCUUCUUUAAUAAGAUUCAGGCCAGUCUUGGUGGCCGGGUGCGGAUGAUUGUUACUGGAGCAGCCCCCGCAUCACCAACAGUUCUAGGAUUCCUCCGGGCAGCUCUGGGAUGCCAGGUUUAUGAAGGUUAUGGCCAAACUGAGUGCACAGCUGGAUGCACCUUCACCACACCCGGGGACUGGACCUCAGGACAUGUAGGGGCACCUCUGCCCUGCAAUCUUAUCAAGCUUGUGGAUGUGGAAGAACUGAACUAUUGGACCCACAAAGGAGAGGGAGAGAUAUGCGUGAGAGGACCAAACGUGUUCAAAGGCUACUUGAAAGAUGAAGACAGGACAAAGGAGGCUCUGGACAGCGACGGCUGGCUUCAUACUGGAGAUAUUGGGAAAUGGUUGCCGGAAGGAACUCUUAAAAUUAUUGAUCGGAAAAAACACAUAUUUAAACUUGCUCAGGGAGAAUACGUGGCCCCAGAGAAGAUUGAGAACAUCUAUAUCCGAAGUGAACCUGUGGCACAAAUCUAUGUCCAUGGGGACAGCUUAAAGGCCUUUUUGGUGGGCAUUGUAGUGCCUGACCCUGAAGUCAUGCCUUCGUGGGCCCAGAAAAGAGGAAUUGAAGGGGAGUAUGCAGAGCUCUGCACAAGUAAGGAGCUGAAGAAAGCCAUUUUGGACGAUAUGGUGAGGUUAGGAAAAGAAAGUGGACUCUAUUCUUUUGAACAGGUUAAAGCCAUUUACAUCCAUUGUGAAAUGUUCUCAGUUCAGAAUGGCUUACUGACACCAACACUAAAGGCUAAGAGACCUGAACUGAAAGAGUACUUCAAAACACAAAUAGAAGAGCUUUAUUCCAUCCCCAUGUGAAGGUCAAGGAAAGUUCUUCUCAGUAUAACGGACUGUGCAGCAAUAUUAUAGUAAUCCUUGAAAGUAAUGAAUCAAAAUGAUACAGCUGAAAAUGAAUAAGCACCUGAUUUUUAUGACUGAGCCUUUUCUGUCCCAAGAGAUCUUUAACAAUAUUUUCUCUAUCAUCACUGAGUACACUUUAUUUUUUAUUAAAAUGAUAUUGUAGCACGCUGCUAAAAAGGUCUCAAAUGGCAAUGUAAAAAUCAAGAACUGUGUACCACUAAAAGUAAUAUAUUCUCGAUGUUCACA